UUAAUUAAUUUUCUUGUAAAACAUAGCGAUGGAGAUUCAAUUCCACCAACACAAGCAGCACAAGAAGUCUGACAUCUCAGGAAUAAGCAAAGAGAGCAAGUUCAAGGGAAGAAGCAGAAGCAGAAGCAGCAGUAACACAAAAAAGUUUGUUGGGGUGAGACAAAGGCCAUCUGGGAGAUGGGUAGCUGAGAUCAAAGACACAACACAAAACAUAAGGAUGUGGCUUGGCACAUUUGAGACUGCGGAGGAGGCUGCCCGAGCUUAUGAUCAAGCCGCUUGCCUUCUUCGCGGAUCCAACACUCGCACAAACUUCAUUACCCAUGUGUUCUCAGAUUCUCCCCUCGCUUCUAGGAUUAGGAAUCUCCUAAACAACAAAAAAGGAGCCAAUAAAGAACAACAGGUUGAAUCCCCUACUCCCACAAUUAGUACAACUAGUACUCGUCCUAGUUCUAGUACUGGUCGUAAUUCCACUUCCUCGAGCAACGGUGAUAACUCUGAUCUUUCUAGAGGAAAUACCCAGUUUUUUUAUGAUGCAUAUAAACCAAAUUUGAGCAAUUGCAGUGAAGAGUUUGCGUCUCAACAGUAUCCUGCCACAUGGGGUUUUGGACCUGGGUAUGAUCGAUUUUUGUUCACUCAAGAAGCGGUGGAUUUGCCAAAGAAUGCAGCUUUGCAUGAUACCGCUGAGUUGGAGAUAUCGGAAUUUGAAAGAAUGAAAGUCGAAAGACAGAUAUCGGCUUCGCUCUAUGCAGUGAAUGGAGUGCACGAGUAUAUGGAAACUGUUCAUGGCCCUACCGAAGCUCUCUGGGAUCUUCCACCAUUAUGUUCAUUGUUUUGCUAA